GGUAGUUUGAUUAUUGUUCAACGUCAGUCCAAUCAAUAUCAAUCACCUAGCACAUAAGAUUCUUCAAUUCUCUCCCCAACCAUUUCAUCCAGAACUCUUAUUUAUUUGAGCUCGGAGCUUCAGAUCUCAGCACUCACACAGAUGGCAGAGCCUACGACAAUGGAGCUGAAAGUUGUUGACCUGAAGUGUUGUAAGUGUCGCAAGAAAGUGAAGAAACUUCUCUGUAAAUUUCCCGAGAUACGAGACCAAGUUUACGACGAGAAGCAAAACACAGUGACGAUAAAAGUGGUGAGCUGCUGUCCUGAAAGACUCAUGCAAAAGAUACGCUGCAAAGGCUGUAAAGCAAUCAAGAGUAUCGAAAUCAAGCCACCGCCUGACAAGUCCAAGAAGGAUGAACCAACAAAAACCAAGAAGGAUGAACCAGGAAAGGACAAGCCUAAGGAUACUCCACCAGAAAAACAGUGCAAGCCAUGCUGCAAGCCUCCUUGUUCACCACCAAAACAGUGCAAGCCAUGCUGCAAGCCUCCUUGUUCACCACCAUGCAAGCCUCCUUGUUCACCAACAAAACACUGCAAGCCUCCUUGUUCACCACCAAAACACUGCGAGCCUCCUCCUCCACCACCACGCUGUUACUCACCUUGCUGCCCGAGUUACCCCAAACCCUGUUACCCACCUUGCUACCUGAUUUGCCCUACACCCUAUUACCCACCUCGCUACCCGAAUUACUGCAGCUACUGUUGCGGACCGUGUCAUUGCGGAAAUCGUUCAAUUUGCUCUGUUAUGUAA